AUGGCCACCACCAGGGCGGUUGGUUUGGUGCUCUUUGUUUUGUUAAUGGUGGACUUCACUCUUGCUGCUAGGUUCUUCAGAGGCUAUGGAGGUGGUGGAGGAGGUGGUAGUGGUGGCGGUGGAGGUGGCGGAGAAGGUUCGGGGCCUUGGUCGGGUUCGGGAUAUGGUUCGGGGUAUGGCUCGGGUUAUGGUUCGGGAUAUGGCGAUGAUGGCUACUCUAGAUAUGGAGAUGAAGGCUAUGGACCAUAUGGUGGUGGUGGAGGUGGAGGUGGAGGAGGAGGUGGAGGCGGCGGCGGUGGUGGUGGCGCAAAUGGAGCCGGGUAUGGGCGUGGGUUUGGAUCGGGAAGUGGGUCAGGGUACGGGCUGUCUCUUAUACACAUCUAG